CAUGCUCCCUUCUCUCUCUCCUGCUGUGUGCCAGUCCCUCUCUCUCCCUCCACUUCCUCAAAGUGGCCAGAGCUCUUCUCUUCUCUCUUGUCCUCUUUACAUCGCACCAUCAACACCCUUUUUCUCCCUCCUCCAGCUGUGAGUGCGAUCACUGUUUGUCUUCACCUCCACAAGUUACAAGGAUCUCAGACCCGCCACCUGAAGACUUUAUUUUUAUUCUUGACCCUUUUUGGGGGGUGUCCUUAACCCUUCCCCUGAGGAGAGGCUGGUUGGUGCGUGUCUGGCGUGUGCGAGGUCUCUCGUGUCCUGCUCUUUGCCCUGAGGGAGUCCCUAAAGGUUGUGACUGAAGGAGAGAAAUUUUCUACACAAUGAAUGUUCAUCUGCCGCUCCUGCUGGCCCUGGUUGGCUCUUUCUGUGCCUUCACACAUGCAAGCCCCACCGUCAUCCCCACAUACUCUGAUGUUGGCAUCAAUGGGACAGUAGCAGAUGUCAUACCUGACCCUACAGAUGCUUCAAUAUACGACCUUACUGUUCUCACUGGUCCUCCUACAAUCACACCAGAGGUGGCCCCUGGAGAAGUCGCAACUACAGCUAUCACAGAGGAGGCACAGCUUACCUCUAAGGCCGAAACUGAGGAGCCCGUUGUUGAAACCAAAGCCUCUGCUGCUGCCACUGUUACCGCUGCCACAACAGCGCUAGAACCCAUUAUCACUGACCAUCCUGCUGUGGAGACUGCAGCUCCCAAGGACACAACAGAGGCUGACGUCCAGUCCAUGGUGACAGCAGAUUCGUCCAAAGAUGUGGUCAUUGAGGACCACGAAGAAGAGAUAUACUACAUGAGUUCUGGCCAUGUAGUCGGCAUCGUGAUUGGUGCUCUGGUGGCAGUGGUUAUCAUCAUUGCUGUGGUGAUUGUUGUGGUGAGGAGGAUGGGCAAAUACUCCCCUUGAGAAAAAAGCCGGCCAAGCAGCAGGAGCGCGCAAAGUUCUGGAAAUUCUGAACUACUGAGCUGUGACGUCAUUUCUGAUCAUUUAAAUAAGCACAACACCAGAAUGAAACUAAUCUAACCAGGACUAGAGACUGUUGCCAAAAAAGAGGGGGGAGGGAGGCUUCUUUAUGUUUCAGUAUGUACUGUAUGUAUGUGAGACAAGAGGGGUACGUGAGCAAACAUCCUCACCUCCCCCGCUACCUCCCUGACCCCCAGCAGCCACUGAUAUAAAAGGCUUCAUCCUCCCCUACUCCCUCAGAGAGAACAAAACAAGGUGACAGCAGGAUGUCACUAAGAAUUUCAGGCCUUUUCAAAUGCAUUUUGUUAAAAAAGAAAAAAACAAUAGAGAGAGAGAAAGAAAGGUAGGGAUCAUCUGACAUCUAGGGAUAAAAUCUCUUUAGUGACUGAUUUAGAUUUGCAUGGAAGUUUCAGAGGACUUCAAAAUGGAAAAUACUGAUAAAACUAACGGAAAUUAAACCAACAAAGAUGGUGGGAGCAGGAGAGAAAGCAGGAGAGACUGUAACAAAUUCCACAGGAUGUAUAUACAAUGCAAGGGGACUACUAGUAUACAGCUAACUCAGCUCUCAUUCUCGUGUUGCAGUUGCAUAGGCUAGCAUUUGAUAUUACAGAAUACACUAUUGUUGUGGCUAACGCACCCCCCCCUCCCCACUGAGCACCAGUUAAAACAUUCUCUCACAUCGCCAGAAUCCCUGAUAUGUUGUCCAACUGUAUGAAGCACAGUGUGCAGACGUUGUUUCGACAUGACACGCAUGAGCUCUGAGGGCUAACAGAAAAGAGAAAGCCAGCCUCAUUUGCAAGAGUAACGUGACAUUCUGCCCACUUUAACACUGACAUAUAAAAACCUAAUACAUAUCUGUGAAAUUUAGCAGAAGGGUUUGUGCCACUGUCUCUGGUAUUCUCUAAGUAGUUAGAAGGAUUUAAACUUUUGAAGUGCAUUAUUAAUGUGAAUUGACUAUACUUCUUAAGUGCCACCCAUUCCAAAAAGAACAGUUUGGAUGACUGCUGGCUUGUUCCUUAUAAAGGCUUACACACAGCCAGUGGUUAUUAGACAUAGUGAUAGUAUUGUCUUGACAAUGUAUUCAUAGUACAUCUGCUAACAGUCAGAUUACCAGAACAGCUAUCCGGUCUUUCAGUUGAGCUAACCCCAGAUUGUGUGCAUGGGCUGGUGUUAUACAGUUGCACUUAGUUUUAGUGCACAGUGUUAGGCAGCGAUGCCCUUUUUUGUUAUUUUUGCAAUCGUGAGUGUGUUAAAUGGGUGUACAAAUAAUCAAGUCUCAGCUUAGCUCUGCUUGCUUUGCAAACUUGUUUAAUAUGUGCACUGAAUGAGUGAUGUAAUGUUUAAUGGACAGGCUUUAGACACUGCAAAUGUUUGCAACGAUAUGUGUUUCUUCCCUCCCUUCUGCUUUGCCACAUAUUACCAUUUCUAGAUCUUUAAUUUGUGCCAUCUGAUGUGUUUAAACUCUUUUUAUUUAAUUGCAGUGUUUUUGUUCAUACUGUUUCAAUAAAAAAUUGGAAAAACUCCA